ACAUGGCGCGUACUAUUAACAUACACAAAAUCAGAGUUCUACUAAUCACUGACUUUGACAGAUUGAGUGCACUCAAUAUUUUGUUGUUGGACAACUGCCGCUACCUGUAAAUGAAUAUAUUUCGGUACCAACCUUUUUGCAAAACGAUCGACUUUCCGUAAAAACGCCCCUUAUAAUUAUUCUUUCCCCCCAAAAUAUGUCUUUGAUUUCCCCAAGUAAUAUGGCAACCAUGUGUUGCAAAACUUACCUCAAUGAUCUAAAUUCACCACUCCAAUUAAUUCUUGUUUGAAUUUUUCCUAUGUUUUGUUGCCUGUGUCUACAAACAAUACAAAGCAAUCAAUAAAAUAAAAAUACAUAAUGUUCAAACCAGAAACUGAAGAUAUGCUUCCAAGGAUGGCUCCAAAGCCAAGUGGAUCUUCUUUGGGUGCCACCGAGCUUAUUGUACGACCGCAGGUGCCAGAAGUUUCGAUAUUAUUUGGUCAACAGGCAAAUAAUCUACAGCCUCAAAAUCUACAAACGAACGUCCAGCAAGCCCAACAACAGACAACUUCUUAUGCGGCUUGGAAAAAGCAAAUGCUUCCGAAAGUAUCUUUUCCAGCUGGUCUGAUGCAAGAGGGCUCAACGACAAGCAUAAAUAACAGCAACAACACGAAUAGCAGUCCCAUUCAGACAACGACUGCAGCCCGUAGCAAUUUAUAUCCUUUGAGAAACUCUUCGUCUGCCACUGCUACAACAACAACAUCAGCUGGGGGAAUUUCAAAUGGAUACGGGGUCAAUAAUCCAGUAUCAUAUGCCACCCCACCGAACUCAAUUCCCAAUUGUGUUUAUACUGUUAAUGGAGUUGUUGGAAACAAUCCCACAGCUUACCGUAACAAUUUAGAGAGUCCAUGUACAUAUCAGCCUAUUCAACAACAGCAGCAGCAAAUUUUAUACAGAAAAUCUAUGGAAAUGACACCACCAACUGCACCAAGCCCGAGGGAUGUGCUAACAAUUUGUGCUGGUACACAAACAGAUGCUAUGUCUUCACCAGUCUCUGGUCAACAAAAUAUACCCCAAAACGUGGCUACCAAAAAGGAUAUUGAAGAAAUUAAGCUUAUUGUGCAGGAGAUGCGGCAUGAUCAGUUAUAUAUCAUGCAAAUGAUGGAAAAAUUUCUGAGUACCCAACAAAUUAUGGCCAAAUCAAAGAUGGAAUGUAAAGAUGUCGGCAUACAAGUGAAUAUAAACAACAUGUUAGAUAAUGUCCCCGCUGCAAAUGGACUGGAAAGCGGAGCUGCAGCACAGAUUCCUCUACAACCCACAACAAAUAAAAUUAUACAACAACUAAAACCUAGCCCUAAUGCCUUGCAAACACCUAAAGGAAAGCCUGUGGCCCAAUCAACUGCCUAUCGACCUAACUCUCCUCAAUCGAAUCGGUUACAGGAAUACCAGCAGGUGCCACCUCCCUCCAGUACCGCCGUUCAAACACAGCCGGCUAUGAAUUAUUUACAAUGGAACCAACAAAUAGCAGCUGCGUUGCCCAAACCGACAACUGAUAAAAGUUUAAUAAUGAAUGAAUUGGCUUUAAAAUAUUUACCAAGGGAAAAACUUGCUGAACUUUUAAAUGACUUGACUUUAUCUCCAGAUUUAGGCGUAGCGCUAAAACAAGUAAUGCAACCAUCUUCGAAUACUCCUUCAACACCUUUGCAAAACAUUGAAAAUUUUGAGCGAAGCCCUUCGGAUAUUUCAAAUGCAUCGUAUAAAUAUCUAAAAAAAUAUCGUCUCUUACCCGAAGAUAACAUUGCAGAUGCUGAAAAUGAGAAUCCCGUACAAUAUAAUGGUACACCCCCAAAUCUGCAGUACGUACCAUUGCCCUCACCUAUUCAACAGAGACCCAUACCUAUUUCAAAUGCACCAAUAGGACGUUUACCACAAUCUCCAUUGGCUAGAGUAGAAACAGGAUCAUCUAAUAAUAAAAAUAAUAUGUUAGAUCUGGACAACAUAAAGCUUCAGCCCAAGUUUUUGUAACUUUCUCUAAAGAUUAUUUAAAACAAUUAUUUUAGAAAAAUUGUAGCACUGAUUGUAUUGUUUUGUAUUUAAACAGAAUUUGUUAUAACAUUUAUAUAUUGACCAGAGUAGGAGGUGUAGCCAAAUGUCCGUUAUUAGUGGAGAUUAUAAAAUGUAAAAACAUAAAACAUGUCUGAAAUAAAGGUAUACUCGUUAAA